CUGUUCCCUAGGCGACUACGCUGGCGACGAGUCAGGGAUUUCUCUCCCGGUCAGUCCGAUCUCUCAGAGUAAAAUAAAGAAUUUUGGAUGUUCUUCAUAGGUAGUGCAUCUUUUAAAGAGGAUCAUUUCGCGCCUAUCGCCCAGGACUUCACGUGGCUACAAAUACAUCCUCCGUCAUCCAGCACCUAAUGUAGCAAGCUCCAGGACGUCCAGCAGCUCCUCAAAACCUCUUGGACUUUUUGAGUACCACUCGAAAUACCUACUAAGUGCAUUCAGUUGACGCAGAGCAGAGGCGGCGCCAUCAUGUCUGAGGCGACGGAGUUGGAGUGGGACGGCGCGUUCGUGCGGAGGCUGCGCGAGGAGAUAUCGGCCGAACUGCAGACGCUGGGCAAGACUGGGGCUGUGCCGGGUCCUGGGCGUCUGGCCGUGUACGCAGGGGCCCUGAGCAAGGUGCUGGAGAGGACCAGCGAUUACAGGGAGGUGCUGAUGGCCACCAUGUCCGAGUACGAGGCUCUCUUCGAGGUUCUGCGUGCCGGGCAACAAGAGGCUCGCUCACUGCAGUCCACUCUGAGGGCCCGAGCAGGACAGUCUGUUGCCCUGGCCUACUACAGACGGCGUUCAGCCGAGCUACAGGAGAGGAUUGCCCUUAUAGAAGAGAACAAUGCCAAACUGGAGGCUCAACUGUACCAUCGAAAGUCACCAACUACAUCUGUAUUGGAUCAGCCCAUUCCAGAUGCAGCAGAUACACAUGUCAUGCCACCACUCAAACCAAUACACGGUCUCUCUCUGCAUGAGGCCACAGACCCGGAGUUCCUGACAGAGCGGCUGUAUCAGCUGCGUGCUCGUGAGGCUGAGCUGUGUGUGGCAAACCGGGAGCGCUUUGUGCCGAUGCAGCUCCUCCGUGACCUACGGCAGCAGCUGCAGCAGGAAAUGAGCACACGUAGCCAGCUGCUUGCUGAAAACAUAUCCAGCCAGCGCAGGUACAGGAGGCUGAAGGCCUCGCGUGGGGCGGCGAGGAUGUGGCGGCUGCACGACCGUUGCAGUGGCUCCCUGCUCGAGGUCAUGGUACAGGGGGUGUGGGAGAAUGAGCAUCACCAGGAUGACCCGGAGCAAGCAGAGAUGGAGAUGGUCGGUGGCUCUGGGGACGAUGAGCCUGGCAAGGGAUCGGAGGGGGCACAAGUUCUUUCCUACAUAGACAGGUUUAAUGAGUUGCUUCAAGAUGGGCACUACGAACAAGCGGCACAGCAUGCGGCCAGCAGCCCCCACGGAAUCCUGCGAAAGGAGCACACCGCUCACUGCUUCUCUACGCUCCAUCGGCAGCACGGAGAGCCACUGCCCCUGCUGCUCUGGUUCCAGACACUGAUAGGUUCUGCGACGGCCGCUCGGCGCCUGCCCGAUGCUCGCACAAGUCUGGAGGCCACCUGCUGUUCGCUGCAGGAGCACAGGCUGGACCUGCUCAUGCACUGGGUGACACAUUGCCGGCUAACAUUCUCCGAAGCACUAGGAGAUGUGAUUUGCCGGUAUGGUGAGACGGAGCCAACGACUGCCCCUCUGUGUUUGGUGCUGGCACACGCCGUGUUUGCCGGGUCUGGUGCCCACGGGAAGGCAGCCGAGGCCCUGUGCUGCCAAGGCCGAGUGCAGGGAGCUCUUGCCUAUGUCCACACCUGUGACUCUUUCAGCAUGGAGGACUGCAUAUACCUGGUUCUCCGCUGUGCCAGCAUGGAGCUAGUCCGGGGUCUCACUCAGGGCUGGCGGGGACGGCUCCCCAUGCUAUCCCUGGGACUGGUAGCCUCAGUCCUGGUGUCUGCCCAGCGGACUUGCUACGCCAUGCAGCUCCUGCGUGCCAUCUACAGCUGCGGGCCAGACUGUCUCCGAGAAGUCAUCGAGCACGACGCCGUGUGCCCCUCUUCCGGCUGGCGGGGCCUUGCAGAGGAGUGCGAGAGCCACAGCUGCUCUGACCUGGCGACCGCCAUUGUCGCUGCCGUGGCCCCCGUGCCGCUGAGGAGGCUGGACCAUGAUGAGGGCUGGGCCGAGACUGCAGGGGAUGCCCAGCUCCCUAAAGAGCGAAACAACAGCGAGGGACGCUCGCUCAUGGAGCACGUGUUUUACUGAGUGACUGUCACCCAGCAUAAGCCCCCGAAUAAAUAAAAAUGUUGACACUGGCAGUAGGAUUGCCACUUGUCUGGUUCUGACUCAAGACAGUCAAGGUGGCGAGAAUGAAUAUGUACCGAGAUCUGGUGGAAUUCUGUUGAAGUUUAUUACUAUUUACUGCACAGUCUUGAUACACCUAAGGUCCUAGGCUGACUGAGAAAUAUGCCUGUCUGGGUUUGGUCUGUAGAAAAGGUGGCAAUCCUUUCUGGUUGUGGUUUUUUCAGGCACCACAGUGCAUUGGGCAUGGUGGCGGUGGUAAGACGCGCCUGUGAUCCAACAGAGUGGUAGCGAGGUUCGUGGGUUGUAUGUAUGUUGAACUUCUAUUUCACCAUAUGUUGCCAACCGUGCUAAUCGGAGGUACAUUAAGACAUCUGCGUGUUAUAAAUUAUAGGUUGAAUGGUCUAUAGAAGGUAGAACAGCAAGUG